AUGGGCAAGCCGCUCUACACCGAUUCUUGCUCUCCGCCAACUGACAUCUCCGAAGACCCAAGAUCUCGAUUCGACGACUUGGACGGCGAAUUCACAGACGACAAUGUUCAACUACAAAGAUAUCUCGAGAUGGAAGCCGCAGUGGAUUACAUUGAAAGGGCGAGAGGAGUUUUUCGUGCGAAUAAAGAGUUGGAUCCAAAUCGUGAAGGCUCAUUUUGGACCGACGAUUGGAAUGAAAUAGCGGAGAAGGUCAGGAGAGACAAGCAAUUUCUUAGGAGGACCCGGAGAAAUUCCGAUGAAAAUAUGGGAUCCAGCGUUAGGUUUUUUGAAGUGUAUAUUCUCUGGCCAUCAUUUUUCUUCCUAUCCUUCAUCAUUCUUUUUCCACUCAUUUGUAGAUACUAUCGUUUGUAUGAUGCGCGAGUUUGUGUUUGCUUCGACAAAAAUCGGAAUAACUGA